AUGAAGCAUAGAGCUACCCAGUCUGCCAUGAUGAGGAUCGCCAUUGCCGGCGCCGGCGGUUUCGCCCAAAUCCUAGCACAGCAGGUCAGCCAGACCGCACACGCCCUUCUUGUUCUGUCCCGCAGACCUCGUCCCGAGCUUGAGGAGUACUGCCCAGGGUGCCAAGUCGCCGUCGUGGACUACGACGAUGUCGAGAACCUGCGGUACACGCUCCAGGGCGUGGACCUGGUCAUCUCCACCAUCGCCGGCAACGAGCAGCUCAACCUCAUCGACGCGGCGCGGCGGGCUCGCGUACGCGUCUUCGUCCCCUCCGAGUUCGAGGGCGACCUGAGCCACCGCCCGGCGCAAAAUGACCCCCUCGACCGCGGCUCGCAGUCGGCUCUCCAGCUGCUCGAGAGUUGGUCGCAGUCCAAGUCGCACCACCGACUGCGCUACACCGUCUUCUCAUGCGGCGUCUUCAUGGAACGCUUCGGGCCCGGCGGCCUGCAGACGUACGGCAUUGGGGCCGGGUGUGGCGUCCAGGGCCCGGACGACUAUCUCGUCAACGUCCAGGAGGCGAGAGCCGAAAUCAUCCCAAUCAACCCAGCCAGCGGGAGGCCGGUCAAGAUCUCCAUGACCUCCGUCUACGACGUCGCCCAGUUCAUCGCGGCCGCUAUCGAGCUGGGCCCAGACAACUGGCCGCGGGAGUUCCGGAUGCGGGGCGAUACUGUGACGGCGCAGGAGCUCGUCGAGGCGUGCUCAGCCGCCAUGGGCGUGCCCUUUGGGCUCGUGGCCCGCCACUACCAGGAGGUCGAGGCGCAGGCCGAGGCCUGCCAGCAGCGCGGCGACUGGGCGCAGUGGUACUACUUCCAGCGGCUGCUCCAAACGGCCAACGGGCGGUACCACGUCCGCCAGCCCAACCUCAACGAGGCCACACAGGUGCAGCCCCUGAGCUUCAGGAGGUGGCUCGAAAAUGUCUGGGUGAAUGCCCCCAUCUGA